UAAGUGAUUAGAUAAACGGUACGCAAAGACAAAUAGCUUACGAGAUUGUGAGCCUCCUCCUUCUCGCUGUCGGCCAUUUUUUCCCCUCCGGCUACUGACUCCUCUUGCUUCGUUACUUGUAUCUCCGUGUUCUAUUUUAAAUAACUUCUUUCCCCCAAUUCUCGUGUUUUUUCUUAAACGUCACAUUUGUUACUAGUUUCACACGCGAACUUGGUUAUCAUUCGGAGUCAAAAGAUAAAAUUCGUCAUCUUUUUCGGUACAAAUUUCUUCGAUCUCGAAUAGAUAAAUCGUUAUCAUUAUAAGAUCUUUUAAUUACAAUCUAAGAUCUGUGCGGGUUAGUAAUUUAAUUCAGAGAACAUAGACAAAAUUGAUCAAAGGUAAGGAUACACAGAAUUGCUAUAGUCAUACUAUAGAGAGAGGGAAGACUGCCCCUGAAAGCAAGCAACCUUUUCAUUUACGACAAGAAAGCUUAGCUGUUGCGGAUAAUUAAGAAAACGUUAAUUUCACAAUUAAGUAUUUAAUACUUUACUGAAAAUGACUUUGAAAUUGUAUUAUGAUUUAUUGUCGCAACCAAGUAGAGCUGUGUAUAUAUUUUUAAAAGUAUGCAAUAUACCGUUCGAGAAGAAAUUAAUAAAUCUUGGAAAAAUAGAACAUCAUACUCCAGAGUUUAAGAAAAUUAGUCCAUUUCAAAAAGUUCCUAGCAUUCAACAUAAUGAUUUUAACAUGAUCGAAAGCAUUGCAAUUUUGAGAUAUCUCUGUAGAGAAUUUACUGUGCCAGACCAUUGGUAUCCCAAAGAUUCAAAAGCUCAGGCAAAAGUUGAUGAAUAUCUUGAAUGGCAACACAUGAAUACCAGAUUGAAUUGCGCCUUAUAUUUUCGGCAAAAGUACUUAAUGCCAAUUAUAACAGGUAAACCAACAGUACCUGAACAAAUAGCAAAGUAUGAAAAACAGAUGGUCAAUUGUCUUGAUCUAUUAGAAAAUGUGUGGUUAAAACAAAAUCUUUUCUUGAUUGGUUCCGAAAUUAGUAUAGCUGAUCUUCUUGGAACAUGCGAAGUAGAGCAAGUUCGAAUUGCUGGAUAUGAUCCUCGUAAUGGAAGACCUCGCUUAGCUAGCUGGAUGACAAAGGUUGCAGAAAUUACACACCCCUACUAUGAAGAAGCUCAUAUUUUUUUGAAUAAGCUUGCAAACAAGGCAAAAGAAAACUCAUUAAAGAGCAAGAUUUAAAAGUUUUCUAAACUUUCUAUUUCGUAUCGCAUUAGUGAUACAAAUUUUAAGUAAUAGUAUAAACAGUUUUAACACUUCAACAGCUGCUGUCACAUAUCCGUAAUAAUACCCCUUAUAAUGAGAAGAAAAAGUUGUUACACAAUUUAAAUGAUGGUUUCAACAUUUACUUUAAUGAAUGUCUUAGUUAAUCUAUGAACGAUUACGAAAAGCAUCAAUGACAAAUAGUAAGAUUUACACAUUUGUUGAGCCAACAAAUAAAAAUACUUACAUUAAAUGGGUGAUGAUUAAAAUGUUAAUUUGUCAAGAAAGCAUAAAACAUGAUAUACUUAAGACACAACUGAAUCUAAGGUGAUAUAAAACUUUAUUUUUACAGACAUAUUUACUUAAUACUUUGU